AUGUGGCCAAUGUCAAUCACGAGAGAGACAGCCAAAAGCGUUGGGUGGUCAAAUCUAAGUGUACCCUCCAGUUCAUGGCCAGUCCUUGAUCAAUAUCUGCUGCAAGAGCUGAUUCAGCCCCUGCUGUAUGGGCUGCUUGCAUUCUCCAGCUUGGCAGUUUCAAUAGGAACAUCGGGCGAGGUCUCCGCAGUACUGUCCAAACUCUCAGGACUUGCUGGGGCAAGAGCCGCUGCCAUGGUACUUAUCCUCAGGAUUCCGCACUUCCUUGCCUUGGCUCUUCCAAUGGCAUCCUUGCUGGCGCCUUUACUAGCUUUCGGAAGGCUUGGAGCAAGCAGCGAAAUAGUAGCACUGCAAUCGAGUGGCGUGAAAACCAUACGGAUGGUUGUGCCAGCGGCCCUCCUCUUCCUUGGAGUCACACUUGUUAACCUCCUCCUUUCUGAAGGAGUGGCGCCGUUUGCGAAUGCGAGGUCCACGCUCCUUGUCGAGACCCCCUCCGACGUCCGGUUCGUUCAUCGCAAAGCACGCUCUACGCCUCUCGUGGCGUCCAGGCACCCCAUCGUGUAUCCUGAGUUCCACAAGGACGGCGGCCUCGCCCGCCUCUUCUUUGCCCGCCGAUUCGAUAGCUCCCGCAUGCUGGACGUUACUCUUGUCGAGAUGCAACCAAGUCCUGAGCCCGAAACCACAACCAGCGACCCUGCCCAGCUGUCCUUCGCAAGUGGGACCGUCCACAGUCCUCCUGAUCAGAGUGCACGCAGCAGUGUGGAGAAGACGGAGCUAUCGAAAGGUAACAAGGCCCAAAGAGUGUCGAGAGCAGUCUUAGCGAAGGCUGCUCGGUGGCAGGGAGACGGUCGCGGCUGGAUCUUUCUUGAAGGGGCGGAAUACUGCUAUGACGGAGAUCGAGUGAGUGGCCCCAGUAACAGCGCCCCAACGUUACCCAAGUUACUACAUGAGCAACGUUCCCUUCAAGAGCUCCACACAUUUCAGCAAAAAGCCGUAUUUGACCUAGCCCACACGCCCAUUGACCUCGCCCAAGCCGCCGGCCGCAACUUCGACGACAUGUCGCUCGCUCAGGUGACGUCCCUCCAGAAGAUGUUCGAGAGCAGUAGGAACGUCAAAGAAAGCCGGAAAAUGAAGCUCAAGAUGCAUCAGCGGCUUGCCCUGCCCUUUGCGUGCUUCGUCUUCGGCGUCUUGGGCUCGCUCGUCAGUCUGCGGCUCCCGAGCGAUCAAAAGCGGGUGGGAUUCGCCCUGACUCUCGCCAUCGUCUUCGGGUACUAUGCCAUGUCUGUGACCGGCUCCGUUCUGGCACAGUUGGUGGUCGUUCCCCCGCUAGUGGGAGCCUGGCUCCCAAAUCUUUUUGGUGCGGCAAGUGCUGUUUCCUUGUUCCUUGAGCGCGAAUAAGCGACGUCCGUUCCAGUUGCUCGUUCUCUUUUGGACUCAUUCUUCUGCAUCGGCAAACAAGGAUGCUUUCCUCCAACCAAUGAAUGAGAAUGUCCAAUCACGGAGCGGUGAUAUGAAGCUGAGCAAUAGGCAACACUUUGAUUUUGCAAUUCAGUAACAUUCAGGAUGGGACGCACUGUGUAGCAAACGGCCUAUUUCAGAUAUCUUGGCAUGG